GCGCUUCGGCGCUGUGCAUCGGUCUUAACUUUGGCUCUCUGCCACAGUCAUCCGUCUUUAUCCUGUGUAUCCUGGUUGCACAUUUGUGCAGGCUGCUGCACUGCGCCUGUGCCGGCCAAAAAGGCUAGAGUGCGCAAACAGUUCCUGGCAGUCGAGUUUUGUUUUUCACCUGGAAAGGUUCGCAGUGUUUUUGUUUGAGAUAAGAAGUUAAUAUGGCCCGUACCAAGCAGACCGCCCGUAAGUCGACCGGAGGAAAGGCUCCCCGUAAGCAGCUGGCCACCAAGGCCGCCCGCAAGUCGGCGCCAUCCACCGGUGGAGUGAAGAAGCCCCAUCGUUAUCGUCCCGGAACCGUGGCCCUUCGUGAAAUCCGUCGUUACCAGAAGUCGACUGAGUUGCUUAUCCGCAAGCUCCCCUUCCAGCGCCUGGUGCGUGAAAUCGCCCAGGAUUUCAAGACCGAUUUGCGUUUCCAGUCGGCGGCCAUCGGAGCCCUGCAGGAAGCUUCUGAGGCGUAUUUGGUGGGUCUCUUUGAAGAUACCAACUUGUGCGCCAUCCACGCCAAGCGCGUGACCAUUAUGCCCAAGGACAUACAAUUGGCGCGCCGCAUCCGUGGCGAGCGUGCUUAAGCAGGAUCACUAGGAGCAGAAGGAUCACUGUCGUCCAUCCCCAAACAGACCAUUCUGAUUUACGUUUUUAUGAGGGAAAGGACCAUCAGCGACACUUUGAUCCAAUCUUUCAUUCAAAUUUUCGUUUAUCAUCCUUUGUUCAGUUGUCGGAUCGUCAGAAUGCCGAUGUUAAAAACAACACCACACAUAAAACACACAUUACUUUAAUGCUAAACAUAUUUGUAACUCUUAUUAUUACUAUUAUAUAUUACUUAUUAAGUUCUUUUUCACGUCUGCGUCGACGGUUGAAAUGUCCUGGAACCACGAUACUUUCCCCGAUUCCGGAUCCAUCUUUCGAAGGGGUUCCCCCGGGCGGCCGUUUUCGCCUGUCCGUCCGCAACAUCCGCCACCAACAACUCCAACAAUUGUCUGGCUGGCGGGCCUUGAUUUCCAGUAAUCCGUGGUCUUUAAGGCGCCUGGUUCCCCAUUAUGGGGGAUCUUAACAUCUGGCUGCCGGGACCCGCGGACCUGGAGAUUGGGGCCAACCUAACAAGUGCCGCCAGCUGGACGUGGCAGGGCGGACAGACGGCGACGGAUUACUGCCCGGCGGCGAUUCCCGGACUCUUGAAGAGACGGAGAGGGCGUGGGAAUCAGGCGAACAACCCGAAAACGCAUGGCAUUUUAACAUAUGAAAAUGAUAUCCAAUUAUAACCGAAGACCGAAAGAGUACACUUAAAAUUAAACUUACAUAUAUAAAUAUAUACAUAAAAUAUAUAUCUAUAUAGAAAUCGAAAACACUA